GUGCACGCGCUCGGAGCCCGCAACUCUCGCGAGAGAAGCGAGAUUUAUUCCUACGUACCGGGCCGUGCUGCUGAUGGCGGCGCUGGAGAGGGGGCGCUGAGCUGUUGGGUAUGAAGUGUAACAGAACAGACUUUACCACCUGAAACUGCUGCUUCAAGUUCAGAUCAGGCAAGGAACAAACGUCGUAACAACCAACAAGACCAAAGAAGAGUACACUUAAGUUGAAGACACAACACUUGAUCUGAAACAAGAAGUUUGUGCCUACUCAACAGCUUUGAAAGAGCACUUCCCAACGCUGCUAGUAGUCUUUGUUUUCUUCAGUGCUGUACUGUGAGAUUGCCUGGUGCAGCAGCAGUUAUAUUCUUUAUUAGCUUGAUAGAGCAUUUUCUCUCGCUCUUUUUUUUUUUAAUACUAGCAACUUUUCAUCCUUUGAAACGUGUGCUGAAAAAGAAGAAUCAGCAAAUACUACUGAAAGUGCAAUAAUAUUUGAUUAUCACUGCGAGAUGAGCUUUGAUCCAAACCUUCUCCACAACAAUGGACACAAUGGGUACCCCAAUGGUACUUCAGCAGCACUGCGUGAAACAGGGGUUAUCGAAAAGCUGCUGACCUCUUACGGAUUUAUUCAGUGUUCAGAACGUCAAGCUAGACUUUUCUUCCACUGUUCACAGUAUAAUGGCAACCUGCAGGACUUAAAAGUAGGAGAUGAUGUUGAAUUUGAAGUGUCAUCUGACCGGCGGACCGGGAAACCCAUUGCUGUUAAACUGGUGAAGAUAAAACCAGAAAUCCUCCCUGAAGAACGAAUUAAUGGACAAGUUGUGUGCGCUGUUCCUCACAACUUAGAGAGUAAAUCUCCAGCUGCCCCGGGUCAGAGUCCAACAGGGAGUGUAUGCUACGAACGUAAUGGGGAAGUGUUUUAUCUGACUUACACCCCUGAAGAUGUCGAAGGAAACGUUCAGCUGGAAACCGGAGAUAAAAUAAACUUUGUAAUUGAUAACAAUAAGCAUACUGGUGCUGUAAGUGCUCGUAACAUCAUGCUGUUGAAAAAGAAACAAGCCCGCUGUCAGGGAGUAGUUUGUGCCAUGAAGGAGGCAUUUGGCUUCAUUGAAAGAGGUGAUGUUGUAAAAGAGAUAUUCUUUCACUAUAGUGAAUUUAAGGGUGACCUAGAAACCUUACAGCCUGGAGAUGACGUGGAGUUCACAAUCAAGGACAGAAAUGGUAAAGAAGUUGCAACAGAUGUCAGACUAUUGCCUCAAGGAACAGUCAUUUUUGAAGAUAUCAGCAUUGAACAUUUUGAAGGAACUGUAACCAAAGUGAUCCCAAAAGUACCCAGUAAAAACCAGAAUGACCCAUUGCCAGGACGCAUCAAAGUUGACUUUGUGAUUCCUAAAGAACUUCCUUUUGGAGACAAAGAUACAAAAUCCAAGGUGACCCUGCUGGAAGGUGACCAUGUCAGGUUUAAUAUUUCAACAGACCGACGUGACAAACUAGAACGAGCAACCAACAUAGAAGUUCUAUCAAAUACAUUUCAGUUCACUAAUGAAGCCAGAGAAAUGGGUGUGAUUGCUGCCAUGAGAGAUGGUUUUGGUUUCAUCAAGUGUGUGGAUCGUGAUGCUCGCAUGUUCUUCCACUUCAGUGAAAUUCUUGAUGGGAACCAGCUCCAUAUUGCAGAUGAAGUAGAGUUUACUGUGGUUCCUGAUAUGCUCUCUGCCCAAAGAAAUCAUGCUAUUAGGAUUAAAAAACUUCCCAAGGGCACGGUUUCAUUCCAUUCCCAUUCAGAUCAUCGUUUCCUGGGCACUGUAGAAAAAGAAGCCACUUUUUCCAAUCCCAAAACCACUAGCCCAAAUAAAGGCAAAGAGAAGGAGGCUGAGGAUGGCAUUAUUGCUUAUGAUGAUUGUGGGGUAAAACUGACUGUUGCUUUUCAAGCCAAGGAUGUGGAAGGAUCUACUUCUCCUCAAAUAGGAGAUAAGGUUGAAUUUAGUAUUAGUGACAAACAGAGGCCUGGGCAGCAGAUUGCAACUUGCGUGCGACUUUUAGGUCGUACUUCCAAUUCCAAGAGGCUCUUGGGUUAUGUGGCAACUCUGAAGGAUAAUUUUGGAUUUAUUGAAACAGCCAAUCAUGAUAAGGAAAUCUUUUUCCAUUACAGUGAGUUCUCAGGUGAUGUUGAUAGCCUGGAACUGGGGGACAUGGUGGAGUACAGCUUGUCCAAAGGCAAAGGCAACAAAGUCAGUGCAGAAAAAGUGAACAAAACACAUUCAGUGAAUGGCAUUACUGAGGAAGCUGAUCCCACCAUCUACUCUGGUAAAGUCAUUCGCCCCCUGAGGAGUGUUGAUCCAACACAAACUGAGUACCAAGGAAUGAUUGAGAUCGUGGAGGAGGGGGAUAUGAAAGGUGAAGUCUACCCAUUUGGCAUAGUUGGGAUGGCCAACAAAGGGGAUUGCCUGCAGAAAGGGGAGAGUGUUAAGUUCCAAUUGUGUGUCCUGGGCCAAAAUGCACAGACUAUGGCCUAUAACAUCACACCCCUGCGUAGGGCCACAGUGGAGUGUGUGAAAGAUCAGUUUGGCUUCAUUAACUACGAAGUAGGAGAUAGUAAGAAGCUGUUUUUCCAUGUGAAAGAAGUUCAGGAUGGCAUUGAGCUACAGGCAGGAGAUGAGGUGGAAUUCUCAGUGAUUCUUAAUCAGCGCACUGGCAAGUGCAGCGCCUGUAAUGUUUGGCGAGUCUGUGAGGGCCCAAAGGCUGUUGCAGCUCCAAGACCUGAUCGGUUGGUCAAUCGCUUGAAGAGCAUCACCCUGGAUGAUGCCAGUGCUCCUCGCCUAAUGGUUCUUCGUCAGCCAAGGGGACCAGAUAACUCAAUGGGAUUUGGUGCAGAAAGAAAGAUCCGUCAAGCUGGUGUCAUUGACUAACCACAUCCACAAAGCACAUCAUUAAUCCACUAUGAUCAAGUUGGGGGUAUUCUGGUGAAGGGUUCUGAAUAUCUCCCUCUUCAUCCCUCCCCAAAUCUGGAAUACUUAUUCUAUUGAGCUAUUACACCAGUUUUAACACCUUCCUCGUGUUAUGUUUAAAAAAAUAAAUAAAUUUAAGAAAACCAUUUUAAAAUUAUGCACAGUUGCAGCCUGGAAAACUUAAGGUGGCGCCUUAUAGUAUCAAUUUUAGGAGCUUUAUUUGGUGCAUUUAACGCAACUGGUAAUUGCAAAAUCCACUUCGCCUGUGUAAGUGAAAAAUAUAGACUUAUUUUGUUGGCCCCAUGAAAUUCUGCACUCGGUAUUUAGUGUAUACUCUACCUUCAUUACUUCUGGCAAGAUGUUCUGCCUUAGGAUUCAGUUGCAUUCUUUUCUUUCCUGUUCAUUGUGCUUUAAUUCUGAAGACGGUAUGAGGGUAGAAUACAUUACCUUUUAAAAUUACAAAAAUUAAACAAUUUGUAUAGGCGAACCAUUUCCUUAAGUUGAUGGCCAAAUGUUAAAAUGUUAUUUUCAUAUCAUUUAUAAUCUUGUCACAGUCCACUUAACGAAGUUCAGUUAGAUUUCAGUGAAAAUUAUCUUCCAGAGUAGUUUUUUUUUUUUUUCCUGGGAUGGGGGCUAACUUUACUACAAUUAGUUUGGUGCAGAAUUUCAUGCAAAUGAGGUGUGCCAGCAGUGUGAUAAUUUAAACGUAUUUAAACAAACAUAAAGGACGAAUGCACAAAUUUGCUGCUGCUUAGGUCACUGCAGCUUCUAGGACCCAGUUUCUUUUACUGAUUUAAAAACAAAACAAAAAAAA